UGGUGGAUGAAGAUACUGGAAAAAUAUAUUCAGCAAGCAUCAAUAGAUACAACUCCAAAUAUAAGGGUUUUGGCUUGCGAUUGUCUGGCAACUAUGGCCAAAGCUGUAUUUGAGAAUUUCCCGGUUCGAUAUCAAAGAUUGGCUAUAGCAUUAUUAUUACCCUUACCUGAUGAUGAGGAAUCACAAGUCCGAGCUGCAGCAUGUCGUGCUCUGGGUGCUUUUGUUCUUUUCCCCACUUUACGCCAAGAUACAUGUUUUGUAUCUGAUAUGGCCACUGUGCUUUUGGAUCGAAUGGAGGAUCAAGUGAUAUUGGUACGAUUACGGGCAAGUUGGGCUCAAGGCAAUUUAUGUGAUGCAUUGGUGAUUGCAAGUGAUGCUGAUGGAUUUGAUUUACGAGAAUGGAUUUCCAUACCUACAUGGAUGAAAAUGACAAGUACUGCCACUUCAGCUUCUUUAGAUAAUGAUAAGUUGCGAUCCAAUGCGGUUCGUGCCAUAGGUAGUCUAUUACGCAUCACUCCUUUGAAUUACUUUCAAGAUAGACAUGGAAUGUUAUUGGUUCGUGAUGCAUUAACAGGCCUAGUAAAGAACAUUGAAAGUGGAUCAUUGAAGACACGAUGGAAUGCAUGUCAUGCAGCCAGCAACGCAUUGAAAAACCGACAUUUCCCUAUUGGCUAUAGACAACAAUAUGAUCAAGGUGGAGAAAUGUAUAAAAAGGAAGAUCAACAGGAAUACCCAUGGACAAGGAUUGUUUUUCAAACAUUGACAAAUGCUCUCCAAUGCAAGAAUUACAAAGUACGUAUCAAUGCUUGUCUUGCUCUUGCCACACCUCAUCAACGCUCAUUUUAUGGUCAUCAUCUUGUUCCUAUCUAUCAUGCUCUUAUGUCUGCUUGGUCUAUAUGUCAUGAUCCCAAUGCCACUACCGAAUAUCAAGAAUAUAAGUAUCAAGAUCAAUUGAAAACUCAGGUACAAAAAAACAAAAAAAAAAUCAUGAAGUGUAAAUUUGACUCAUCGAAUUUUUUUUUUUUAUUAGCUCAAGGAUGCUUUACUCCAUAUUCAUGA